CGGGCUCGGGAAAGGCGGCGCUGCGGGGGGAGCUCCCAGCAGGUGGCUCCAAUGAGCUCCUCUAGGAGCGGCUCCGCUGCCGCGCAGCGCCCCGCCGGGGCGGCAGGAGCGGCCGCCAGCUUGGGCCGUGCCGCCGCUGCCGCCGCCGCCGCCGCGGGGGGCGGCCCCGCCCGGGCACGGGGCGGGCGGCCGUAAGGCGGGCGGGAGAAGUUUCUCCACGGCGCCGGGCCCCUCCGAGGGACAGCGCGAAGGGAAGGACUUGGUUUCCCUGUGCUGGGUAGCUGCUGCUGUUGGCGCCGCCGUUGCUGUCACUGGAGCUGCCCGGCUUUGGCCAUGAAGAGGAAGCAGAAGAGGUUUUUGCAAAUGACGCUGCUCUUCACCGCGGCUCUGAUUUUCCUGCCCGACAUUGGCCUUUGGUCUCUCUACAAGGAGAAACACCUGGUGAAGCCCGCUGAGUCCGUCGAGCCGCAGACGCUUCCUUUGGGGCUGGGAGACGGACAGCUUUUUACCUGGACUGAUGGCUUGAAAAGGAAAGACUGGCAUGAUUAUGAAAGCAUUCAGAAAGAUGCUAUGCGUUCAGGGAAGGGUGAACAUGGAAAGCCAUACCCCCUUACAGAGGAAGACCAUGAUGAUUCUGCUUAUAGGGAAAAUGGCUUCAACAUAUUUGUUAGCAACAAUAUAGCGCUGGAACGAUCCCUGCCAGACAUCCGACAUCCAAACUGUAAGCACAAGGUGUACUUAGAAAAGCUACCAAAUACUAGCAUCAUUAUCCCAUUUCAUAAUGAAGGCUGGACUUCACUCUUGCGAACGAUACACAGUAUUAUCAACCGCACUCCAGACAGCCUGAUAGCAGAAAUCAUUCUUGUGGAUGACUUCAGUGAUAGAGACCAUUUAAAAGAGAAGCUGGAGGAAUACAUGGUCCGUUUUGCCAAAGUGAGGAUUGUACGUACCAAGAAACGCGAAGGGCUCAUUCGGACCAGACUCCUAGGAGCCUCGCUGGCUAGAGGAGAAGUCCUGACAUUUCUGGAUUCCCACUGUGAAGUCAACGUGAAUUGGCUGCCUCCCUUGCUUAACCAGAUUGCACUAAACCACAAAACCAUCGUGUGUCCUAUGAUCGAUGUCAUUGACCACAAUCACUUUGGCUACGAGGCACAGGCGGGGGAUGCCAUGCGAGGAGCUUUUGACUGGGAAAUGUACUACAAAAGAAUACCGAUUCCUCCAGAGCUCCAGAGAGCUGAUCCCAGCGACCCCUUUGAGUCUCCUGUAAUGGCUGGAGGUCUAUUUGCUGUUAACCGAAAAUGGUUUUGGGAGCUGGGAGGCUAUGAUCCAGGAUUAGAAAUAUGGGGAGGAGAGCAGUAUGAAAUCUCCUUUAAGGUGUGGAUGUGUGGAGGAGGCAUGUUUGAUGUUCCGUGCUCUCGAGUUGGGCAUAUCUACAGGAAGUACGUCCCAUAUAAAGUCCCUUCUGGAACCAGCCUAGCACGGAACCUGAAGCGCGUGGCAGAGACGUGGAUGGAUGAGUUUGCAGAGUACAUUUACCAACGACGGCCUGAGUACAGACACCUCUCAACUGGAGAUAUCUCUGCCCAGAAGGAACUUCGCAAGCACCUUAAAUGUAAAGAUUUCAAGUGGUUCAUGGCUGCAGUGGCUUGGGAUGUUCCCAAAUAUUAUCCUCCUGUGGAACCUCCACCUGCUGCCUGGGGGGAGAUUCGAAAUGUAGCAGCCAAUCUCUGUGUGGACAGUAAACAUGGAGCCACAGGGACUGAGCUGAGGCUAGACAUCUGUGUGAAGGAUGGCUCAGAACGGACGUGGUCACAUGAACAGCUCUUCACCUUCGGUUGGAGAGAAGACAUCCGCCCCGGAGAGCCACUUCACACCAGAAAGUUCUGCUUCGACGCCAUUUCGCACAGCAGCCCUGUCACACUCUAUGACUGUCAUGGGAUGAAGGGAAACCAGCACUGGAGCUAUAGGAAGGACAAAACUUUGUUCCAUCCGGUAAGCAGCAGCUGCAUAGAUUGCAACCCAGCUGAGAAGAAGAUUUUCAUGAACAGAUGUGAUCCUUUAUCUGAAACUCAACAGUGGAUUUUUGAACAUACUAAUGUGACUGUUUUAGAAAAAUUUAACAGCAAGACCAGUUCCUAGAAAGAAAGAAAAAAAAUGAACACACCUGAUUUCAUACAGACUGCAGACUACAUAUUCGCCAGCAUCUGGGUCAGAGGAAUCAGGAAUUAAUUUUCCUAGAUCCAAGAAAUCUGUUCUGAGGAUUAAAAAAUGCCACAGCAAGAGCCAGCAGGCUGUCCUUGUGGAUGUACAGUAUCUGAAGAACUUGGCCAAGAGCCUCACCGGAUGCUGCUUGAGAGCUUCAGGCUGAAAAUUCCCUUGCUGGUCGAGGGAGAAUCUUUGUUUAAAAACUGUUUAAAAGUACUCCAAGUUAAUAAAGUAAAACAAAACUCUAGAGUUUCUCAGGUCAAAUCCUGCUGUAGUGAGUAGCUCAGAACAGACACUGUAGUUUGGGAUGGGUAUAUGGUGUGCAUGAUGGCUACAGGAACAGGAAGAAAUCCCAGGUUUUAGAACUAUAGGUGCCGAUAGAAGAAUAAUGAUGUCCCAGCACCCCCUAGACAAAAUAUGUGCUUUGUUGACAUUCUCUUAAUAAAAGGUUGGGUUAAGCAGGUUUAACCCUUAGAACCGUUGCAAUUAAUUUCACCUACCUACCUUUUACAUUCCAUUCAUUACCAAAGUAGAAAGGGCAGAAAUCUUAGGAUCUAGAAUUACACUGUAGUGAAGCAUGAAAUCAACUGUAAAGUUUUGCCCUCACAUUUCACCCCUUCAGGGAAGAAA